UUAAAAGAAAUACACCCUGAGAAAAAUGAUUGGUCUUGGGGAGACUGGGACUAUACUCAACACUAUCUUGCCCGUGGCGCUGCCUGUGCAAGCAGCAAAACGUCUGAUACAGAGGGGCCCCCACAUCCCAUGAGCACACAAAAUCGAGAGAAGGAGGGGAGCCCUGCCUGUCCGGAGUCUGUCCUGAGGCUGCGUAAAGGACACAUGCCAGUCACCUCCGAGGGCACGGACUCACAACAUGACCAGUAUGACGAUACGUGUGUCCUCCUGGCUGGCCCACCUCCAUCUGCUGCCGAGGACAAU